AUGGCAAAAAGAGAUUAUUACGAAGUCCUGGGAACAAGCAAAGACGCCUCCGAAGCCGAAAUCAAAAAAGCUUACCGAAAAUUAGCUUUAAAAUAUCAUCCUGACCGCUAUGCUGGCAAACCCGAAAGUGAAAAAAAAGCCGCGGAGGAAAAAUUUAAAGAAAUUAACGAAGCCCAUAGUGUCUUGUCGGACAAAGAAAAACGGCAAAAUUAUGACCGCUAUGGACAGGCUGGCGCCGAAGGCUUUCAGACCGGAGCGGGCGGGGGAUUUGAAGGAUUUGAGGAUGAUGUUUCUUCUAUAUUCGGCAAUAUUUUUAAAGACAUUUUUGGCGGGGAAGCCGCCUUAGGCACUACUCACCAAAUAGUUCUUGUACUAGACAAAGCUUGCGUCCAUUGUAAGCAAACGGGUGCUUACUCGGAAAAACACAUUUCCAAAUGUUCGACUUGUAAAGGCCGCGGGCAAGUAAUUACCAAAAAAUGCCCGGUCUGUUUAGGGAAAAAAUUUACUAAGCAAAAAGAAACUAUUGCCAUUGAUAUUCCGCGGGGUGUACAAGGCAAGCAACUGCGAAUGAGAAACGCGGGAAACGACAUUCACGUUGAACUUCCGAUCUCAUUUUUAGACGCCGUUUUGGGUAAUUAUGUGGAAGUGAUAACUCUUGAAGGCUUAGAAAAAAUUCGGGUUCCGGCAGGCACCCAAAAUGACGAUUACUACACUUUAAAAAAUCGGGGCUGUUAUCUAGGCAUUGGUCGCAGUUCCCGCGGUGAUUUUUAUAUUCAUUUUCAAGUAGUUAUUCCCAAAAGACUUACCGAAGAGACCAAAGAAAUUUUAAAAAGAAUUGAACAAGGAAGCAAUUGA